GAGCCUUUCUGCUGGAGAACGCGGGAUCCGCCUCGGCGCUAGCCUGCUGAGGUUUACUGGUUGUUAAGUAGACUUCAGAGCGGCGUGACAUCGCUCCGCCUGUCCCUUCCUUCCGUAAACAAGGGUAGCUGCUUUCUGAGCCAUCACAUACCAGCCUCAUGUAUUCCUAAGAUUGCCAUCAAGCUUCUUGGGUUUUUUUCCUGAGGCCCUACUGAGGUUUAAUUACUUGUAGGCUCUAGUGGUUAUAAAGUAAUUUAAGAUGUUUGUACUGCUCAGUUUUAACUCUCUAAUUGACUCUUGCAUUAAGAGGCAUUGUUUUAACUUGGUAAUGGUUAAAUGGCAAAAAAAUUAAAUUAUUUACGGAUAAGGGCUAUUGUAUUUAACUGCUGUUGGCCUGCAACUUAAACUUGCAUCUUUUAUUCUUUUUUUAUCCUAUGCUUUUUCUGUGUUAUGGCUGCUGCAACAAUAGUUCAUGAUACAUCAGAAGCUGUAGAGCUCUGUGCUCCCUGUGGGUUAUACCUUAAACCCAUUACAAAAAUGACCAUCAGUGUGGCACUUCCUCAGCUGAAACAGCCGGGAAAAUCCAUUUCAAACUGGGAGGUGAUGGAAAGAUUGAAAGGGAUGGUGCAAACUCAUCAGUUUUCCACUCUGCGGAUUUCUAAAAGCACAAUGGAUUUCAUCCGGUUUGAAGGAGAGGUCGAAAACAAAAGUUUGGUUAAGUCUUUUCUGGCAUGCCUUGAUGGCAAAACCAUAAAGCUGAGUGGCUUCUCUGACAUUUUGAAAGUCCGUGCUGCAGAAUAUAAGAUUGACUUUCCUACCAGACAUGACUGGGACUCGUUUUUCCGUGAUGCGAAAGAUAUGAAUGAAACUUUGCCAGGGGAAAGGCCAGAUACUAUUCACUUGGAGGGCUUACCUUGUAAGUGGUUUGCAGCUAAGGACUCUGGCUCAGAAAAGCCAAGCGAAGAAGUCCUUAUAAAAGUUUUCAAGAAGUUUGGAGAAAUACGUAACGUGGACAUACCCAUGCUGGAUCCUUACAGAGAAGAAAUGACUGGGAGAAAUUUCCACACUUUCAGUUUCGGAGGCCAUUUAAAUUUUGAAGCUUACGUUCAGUAUGGAGAGUACGCUGGAUUCAUUAAGGCCAUGAACGCCCUGCGAGGGAUGAAGCUGAUGUAUAAAGGUGACGAUGGCAAAGCAGUGGCUUGCAAUAUAAAGGUUUCUUUUGACUCAACAAAACACCUCAGUGAUGCAUCCAUUAAGAAACGUCAGCUUGAAAGGCAAAAGCUUCAAGAGCUUGAAAAGCAGAGAGAGGAACAAAAACGUAAAGAGAAAGAAGCUGAAGAAAGACAAAAAGAGGAAGAAAGGAAGCAGAGAGAGCUGGAAGAAUAUGAGAGAGAGAGAAAAAGAGAAGAAAAGCUGCGCAAGAGAGAACAGAAACAGAAGGAUCGUGAAGUUCGACGAAACAAAAAGCAACUUGAAAAGCUUCAAGCUGAAGAGCAGAAAAAACUGCAAGAGAAGAUAAAGUUAGAAGAAAGGAAGCUCCUGUUAGCUCAGAGAAAUCUUCAGUCGAUUAGACUCAUUGCAGAACUGCUGAGCAGGGCAAAGACAGUAAAGCUUUUGGAGCAGGAACAUAACGAAGAAAAGAUACGUCUUCAGCAGCUGGAGGAGACACGAAGGCUCCAGGAGGCUGAGCUCAAACGUGUGGAAGAGGAAAAAGAGAGAGCGCUGGGGUUGCAGAGAAAAGAAAAGGAACUGAGGGAGAAACUACUGAACAAUCUUCUGAGCAAGAAAAUGGAUGCAGUGAAUCAAAGCAAAGAAGAAACCGAAGCAUCUCAGUCUGACACGCUAAAAAGUGCUAGUGGUGUCCCACACACUGUGUCAUUCAGCUGCAUCACUUCUACCUCAGGACAGGCUGUUACAGGCAAGCUGGCUCCUGUCUCUCAAAAAGAAGGAUCGUCCCCUGAGAGUGUAAAAACUCAGUGCAAGUACUUGAAUGGCAACAUUCAUGACAAGGUUCAUGUAAAAGAAGGUCAGAAACUUCAUACCACGAACUCUGAGAGAUGCUCUGAGAAGGGAAGUUCUGGGGUACUUUCAUGUGUUCCUACCAACAACCAGCAGCAGAAGAGCCUCUCUAGCUACGACUCCUGCAGGAAGGACUCGCACUGUGAGCAGAGCAAACGCAGCGCAGAGCCAAGGAGAAGAAAGAGCCGUUCAUGUAGCAGCAUAAACACUGAUGAGAGCAAGGGUAGACGUGAGAGGAGCAGGCACAGAAGAGAUGUGAGUUACCAGGAUGAAAAGCGCAGGAGGGAAAGGAGGUAUUAUAGACACUCUAGCAGAAGUUACAGUCCUCGACGAAGCCACAGUCCUCGUCGGAGAAGUGUGAGCCCCAGGCGUUCACGUUACAGAAGAACUCGCAGUAGUGAACGUAAACGGGACAGAAGAGGGAGAAGUCGCAGUUACAGAAGUGUGAGCAGGAGAUGA